AUUGUGUGGCAAAAGAUCAUGUGAAUGUCUGAAAAUACACCCACUGUUACCACUCGAAGGACUGUGCAGGAUGGUCCUGUGCAUGUUGCAACUGCAGUAACAGGAAGCGACCUGAAAGUCAGUGUUGAAAAGGAACUUGUCUCUCAAGCUGAGAAAGAGGACAUGGAGGCUCUUUUGGGCACUUACGUCAUGGGUAUUAGUGAGGCGGAGGCAUUUUCAGAAAGGUUGAAGAGAGAGCUUCUUGCCCUAGAAGCAGCAAAUGUGCAUGCCAUUUUGGAAAGUGAACCUCUGAUAGAUGAGGUACUUCCUUUUACUUUAUAGCUGUGCUUUUGCUUUGGGUAUCUAUUCCUCUUUUCAGGUAGUUUAAGGAAGAGGCUCCUUUGUUUGUCCAUCCCAUGGUUUACCAUCAUUUAAGUCCUCUCACUCCUGUCAUUUUCUGCCAUUAGGGGUUUGAUUCAGGCCUAUCUAUUCCAUGCUAUCUCCUGCACUUUCAAUGUACUCAAUUUUUUAAAAUUCUCUAUCUUGUUUUUCUUCUAUUUAAGGCAAUAAAAGGAGAGAUUUCUUUCUAUUUUCCAUUUAGUGGUCCUUAAUGCAUUGUCAUACUCUGAAAUGGUGCUAAUAUGGAUUUUUUCUUGUGCCUAAGGAGUUUUUCUUUAUCUUCUGUCCCGCUAAGCUUUUAUGACAAUACUGUUAUGGCUAGUGUUGGCCAUCCCUCCUUUCCUUUUAUCUUUCUUCUUCUUUCAUUUUAUUUCUUUCUUUCCAGUUUUGUUUAAAUUUUUUAAGUUAUUUCAUGGCUAAAUAAUUAAAUGGUUACUUU